AUGGCUGAAAAAAGGCAUGUACUGGGGCUACCACUGCUGUUUUUAUUGAUAUCUGUGUCUCUGUUUCAUCUAAUAAUCUGCCCGUUCACCAAAGUCGAGGAGAGCUUCAAUGUACAAGCGGCGCAUGAUAUUCUCUAUCACAGACUGAACUUUGACAGGGUAAGAAAACGAUGAAAGCAAGAAGUCAAUGUGCACGCGAGCUAUCAGAGUAUAAUAACAAUGAAUGAACGAAUGAGGCAGAAGACAACUUCUGAAGAAAACUGUACAAACAGCAUUUAAGGCAGCUUUGUGUUUUAAAAAUUCGACUCGACGUGGUGUAUUUAACUCCAUGAUCUUAAAGCCAUGUCAGGUGUUAAAUUUAAAGAAUGUAUCCUGAAGAGUUCGUUGUGUUUUCUCUGAACUACAAUUGUAUUUUACAACUGUAGAUUACCAUGUGGAGUUAACAUGAAGUCGUGUUAUAGGGCUCUCAAGUUUUGAACUAAGCUAAGAGUGAGAUUUCCUUGGGGUAUGAGGGCCACAUUAAGGAAAAAAAACGUUUUUAAAUCUUCGAGACUAAAGUUAUUAUUGAGGAGAAUAAAGUCAUUAAUAUAUAAGAAUAAAGUCGUAAAGUUACCUGUUGUGCAGGAGAGUUGUUAAAAUCAGCACUGUGAAGCAUUUAGAUGAAUUGUACUUUAGUAUAGGUUUCACAAACAUGGAAAUACUUAAUCCUUUGGUACAUGAGCAUUACACUGUCAUCAUGACAGUCCACAUUGUGUGGACAUGAACCCCCUAAUAACUUUUAAAAAUAGAGCUGUACAGAAAAAAGAGGACUUGAGCACAAAACAGUCUUAAAGUAACUACAUGUCAACAUCGCAAGCAAGGGGAAUUGUGAUUAAUUGUGAUUAAUGUGUGAUUGAUUUCUAAAAUUUGUCCUCAGCCUCUUAAGGAUGGCUGACAGGGAUUUAUGACCUAUACUGCAGCCCGUCACCAGAGGGUGCUGUCCUCAGAGUGGCUUCACCCAGCGAGAAGACGGACACUUUCCGUUUUGAUUUUCACUCCCCGUCGGGGAAUCGAACCCCGGUCUCCCGCCUAACAGGCGGGGAUACUCACCACUAUACUAACGAGGAGAAUGUGUUCUGACAUGAUAUGAUAUAAUAUGGAACAAUAUGAUACGAUAUGAUACUAUACAAAAUGAUACGAUAUUAUACUACACAAUAGGAUACAAUACGAUACAAAUAUGGUAUUGCAACAGUGUUUAGCUAACCAUAUGUAAUUGACAUCCUGAAAAGCCUUAUUAAUUGCCUUUUACAGCGACAAAUGUAUCCCAUGCCCGCUUAGAAAAACCAAAUCAGAGAGCAGACAGAAUGUAAAACUCAAUAAUGAACACUUGUAUUGCUUUGCGUCACUUUGAUGAGUGUAAUGCGCAAUAAUUGCAAAAACCUUCCCUGAAGAGAUGUGUUACUGUCCAUGCUAAAGUUAUGGCAGAUCCUUAACAUCAGUAACUUAUCUCACAUAGUUCUGUAUCAGAAUCUGGAUUCCAAUGCUGGAAAUUGGCAUGAGUGAGAGACAGGUAGCCAAAAAACUGAAGAUCUCCAAGACAGCUGUUCAUUACACAUUGCAUUUUGGUCUGCUGGGUCUGAUCGACAUCCUCCCCCGCCACCCGGACCAACUCACCACCAGGUGGUGAUCAGUAAACAGCUCCGCCCCUCUCUUUACCUUAGUGCCCAAAAAAUUAGAUUGAUUAAUAAGGUGUAAGGGGGUGAGUAAAACUCAGUAUAUAGUAAAUCUACUACCCAUCAUCAAAGGUCUAUUUGAGCCACCCUUAGUCUGAUCCCUCUCCCAGGACCUGUUUGCCUUGGUUGACCCUACUAGAGGCAUAAAGCACCUGACAACUUAGCUCCUGGGAUAAGUGGGACACGCAAACCCCUCCACCACGGUAAGGUGGUGGCUCGAGGAGGGGAAAAACCCUCCAAUUGGAGGGAAAAACCACGAGGGUUUUUUUUUUUUAUUUAUUUUUUUUUUUUAGGUUUUUUUUUUUGUUUGUUUUUUUGAAGUUUUUUUUUUUUUUUGUUUUUUUUUUUUUUUUUUAGAGGUUUUUUUUGUUUUUUGUUUUUCUUUUGAGGGUUUUUUUGGAGGGUUUUUUUUUCCCUUUUAAUUUUUUUAUUUAAUUUUUUUCCUUGAUUUUUCUUGAUUUUUCUUUUUUUGGAAGGGGGGAUUUUUUCACGCAAACCCCUCCACCACGGUAAGGUGGUGGCUCGAGGAGGGGAAAAAUUUGUGAUUAUAUUUUUAUAUUUUGAUUUUUUUUUUUUUUGUAUAAAAAUAUAAAUACAUUUAUUUUUUUUAAAUAUAAAAAAAAAAAUUUUUUAUUAUUUUUUGUUUUUUUAUAUAAAAAUAUAUUUUAUUUGUUUUAUUUUUUUAUAUAAAAAUAUAUAUAUAUUUUUUUUCAAUGUAUAUUCUUUAUACAUUUAAAAAUAUAUAUAUUUGCUUUUUUUGCAGCUUUUUAAAAAAAUAUAUAGGGUGAAAGGGUCAAGGUAGGGAAUGAAGAGGGAGGAAGAGGAGCUAAUGUUCCUCGACAUCAGCUGAGCAACCAGCAACCUCCUCCACCCGGGUGUUUCUGUUUCUCUUCUUUCUUAAGGUCCAGAGACCUUUUUUGACUCUCUUUCUCCCCCUGUCUUGGUUUUUGCUUUUCUCCUCUUCAUGUUCUCUUUCCUCUUCUUCUUGUUCUCUUUGCUCUUCUUCUUGUUCUCUUUCCUCCUCUUUUUCUCUUUCUCUCAGCUGCCUUAAUUCCUUCUUCUUCUCUUUAAGUUGUUUUCGGAGGGUUUUCUCCUCCUCUGUCUCCUUUUGAAAGACUCUAGACAGGAAGCGUCUUUUCUUUAGAGAGAUGAGAUGAGUCAGCUCCCUCUUCUCCUCCUCUAACUCUUGAAUUCUGUCUGUCAGAGUCUUUUCCUUCUCAAUCACUCCUCCUUUUGCCGUCUCGGCCUCUUCAACUCUGAAGGUCAGAGUCUCCUCCUUUUCCACCAGAUCUUUGUUCAUUUUCUCCAGCUCACUGACUCUGGUCUUCAGGAUCUGGUUCUCCUCCUCCAGGUCUUUCCUUUUUUCUUCUGGAGGGUCUCGUUGUUUUGCAGCUGAGUUGUGGUCUCAAUGAGUCUUUGAGUGAGACCCUCCUUCUCCCUCCUCAGCUCCAUUAUGUGUUUGUCCCUCUGCUCAAGCUGCUGUUUUGUGAGCCUCAACAUUGUUUCAUUGCUCUUGCUCAGAGAAACAGCCUUCAGGUUCUCCUGAGACGCCUGAAAAAGCUGUUCUCUGAGCUCAUGAGCUUUCUGUCUCUCCUCCUUAAGUUGAGCCCACAUCUUCUCUUCCUGCUCCUUCUGCAGGCGCUGGAUAAGCUCCAGCUGCUUGUCUCUUAAUUUGAGGGUGCUGUUGAGGCGUUGGAUCUCAGCCUCCAGCCUUUCAAUAGUAUGGACAUUAUUCUGGAGUUCUUCCUUGAAUCCAUUUUCUCUGAUGUCAAUGAGUCCCUCCAGACGGUUCACUUUGUACUUCCCGUUGUGAAUUCUGUGGCACAGCUUUAUCUUCUCAUCCCUCCAUGCCAACUGUUCAUCCAUUGGCUCGCUUCUAAGAUUUCUAAUCUCAGCGCAAGCACUGUCAAGCUCCUGUUGAAGUGGUGCCAUGGACUGGUAGCCCAUCGGUCCCACAGAUUCAGGUGCGAUUGCUCUGGACAUGGUUCUUCUGAUUUGUCUUCAGCCGACUGCUCUAAACUGUUGAUCGUCUCUGUAGUAGCUCGUACGUGACUUAACUGUUGAUCGUCUCUGUAGUAGCUCCUACGUGACUCUUGCCAACAAGUGUGCGAUCUGAGUUGAGUUUGCUUUUCAAAGAUCAAAGGAUCAAAGCUAGAAAGUGAUGUCAUCGUGUGAUGUCAUUCUACAUAGAACGUGAUGUCAUCGUGUGACAUCACAUUCUACAUGUCAUUGUGAUGUCACACCCCCCAGUGGGGAAUUCCCCCAGAAGCACCUGCCUUCUGAGGGGAAUUCCCCUUUCUCCAUCUUGCAGAAACUGGUGCAUAUGAGAGCCAGGGUGUGGACUGCAUGAUCACCAUCUGGUGUGAAAGGCAGUUCACUGUGGUCAUUCUUUGAGUUGUAGGAGGAAAUCAGUCCAGAGCAGCACCAGGUUUGUCAGUACUUGAUUGGCUUAAGUGAAGUCAGGUUUGGGAAGGUGAUGCAAGUCCUUGAGCUCCAGUGCAGAGUGCUGAAUCAUUGUCUUAUUCUCUGUUUUAGUGACAGAUUCUCUCUGUGCUCCUCAGAGUUCCGACCACAGACUGUAUAUACUAUGGACAACUUGGUUCUGCCUUCUGCCAGUAUACAGAUUUAAAGCUGAAAAGCUCUCGGUAAUUGUGCGUUUUUCUCCACAUCCUGAAACCAACAUUGCAGAGUAGUGUUGUACGCAUUCUGCAGGAUAGUCACCGAGAGUUGCUCUGAUGAUGCUCAACUCAAACAGCGCAUCCCCUGGGUGAGCUAUGCAAUCUCCGUACGCCCACAGGCUGUAUCAAGUGUCAAUCAUAAGAAACAUGAACUCCCUAAUAAUUUUUAAAAAUAGAGCUGUACAGAAAAAAAGAGGACUUGAGCACAAAACAGUCUUACAGUAACUACAUGUCAACAUCGUAAGCAAGGGGAAUUGUGAUUAAUUGUGAUUAAUGUGUGAUUGAUUUCUAAAAUUUGUCCUCAGCCUCUUAAGGAUGGCUGACAGGGAUUUAUGACCUAUACUGCAGCCCGUCACCAGAGGGUGCUGUCCUCAGAGUGGCUUCACCCAGCGAGAAGACGGACACUUUCCGUUUUGAUUUUCACUCCCCGUCGGGGAAUCAAACCCCGGUCUCCCGCCUAACAGGCGGGGAUACUCACCACUAUACUAACGAGGAGAAUGUGUUCUGACAUGAUAUGAUAUAAUAUGGAACAAUAUGAUACAAUAUGAUACUAUACAAAAUGAUACGAUAUUAUACUACACAAUAGGAUACAAUACGAUACAAAUAUGGUAUUGCAACAGUGUUUAGCUAACCAUAUGUAAUUGACAUCCUGAAAAGCCUUAUUAAUGGCCUUUUACAGCGACAAAUGUAUCCCAUGCCUGCUUAGAAAAACCAAAUCAGAGAGCAGACAGAAUGUAAAACUCAAUAAUGAACACUUGUAUUGCUUUGCGUCACUUUGAUGAGUGUAAUCUGCAAUAAUUGCAAAAACCUUCCCUGAAGAGAUGUGUUACUGUCCAUGCUAAAGUUAUGGCAGAUCCUUAACAUCAGUAACGUAUCUCACAUAGUUCUGUAUCAGAAUCUGGAUUCCAAUGCUGGAAAUUGGCAUGAGUGAGAGACAGGUAGCCAAAAAACUGAAGAUCUCCAAGACAGCUGUUCAUUACACAUUGCAUUUUGGUCUGCUGGGUCUGAUCGACAUCCUCCCCCGCCACCCGGACCAACUCACCACCAGGUGGUGAUCAGUAAACAGCUCCGCCCCUCUCUUUACCUUAGUGCCCAAAAAAUUAGAUUGAUUAAUAAGGUGUAAGGGGGUGAGUAAAACUCAGUAUAUAGUAAAUCUACUACCCAUCAUCAAAGGUCUAUUUGAGCCACCCUUAGUCUGAUCCCUCUCCCAGGACCUGUUUGCCUUGGUUGACCCUACCAGAGGCAUAAAGCACCCGACAACUUAGCCCGGGAUAACUGGGACACGCAAACCCCUCCACCACGGUAAGGUGGUGGCUCGAGGAGGGGAAAAACCCUCCAAUUGGAGGGAAAAACCACCAGAGUUUUUUUUUUUUUUUUUGAGGUUUUUUUUUUUUUUUUUAGAGUUUUUUUUUGUUUUUUGUUUUUCUUUUGAGGGUUUUUUUGGAGGGUUUUUUUUUCCUUUUAAUAUUUUUAGUUAUUUUUUUUCCCAGAUUUUUCUUGAUUUUUCUUUUUUUGGAGGGGGGGAUUUUUUCAAGCAAACCCCUCCACCACGGUAAGGUGGUGGCUCAAGGAGGGGAAAAAUUUGUGAUUAUAUUUUUAUAUUUUGAUUUUUUUUUUUUUUGUAUAAAAAUAUAAAUACAUUUAUUUUUUUUAAAUAUAAAAAUAUAUUUUUUUUAUUAUUUUUUGUUUUUUUUAUAUAAAAAUAUAUUUUAUUUGUUUAAUUUUUUUAUAUAAAAAUAUAUAUUUAUUUUUUUUUCAAUGUAUAUUCUUUAUACAUUUAAAAAUAUAUAUAUUUGCUUUUUUUUUGCAGCUUUUUAAAAAAAUAUAUAGGGUGAAAGGGUCAAGGUAGGGAAUGAAGAGGGAGGAAGAGGAGCUAAUGUUCCUCGACAUCAGCUGAGCAACCAGCAACCUCCUCCACCCGGGUGUUUCUGUUUCUCUUCUUUCUUAAGGUCCAGAGACCUUUUUUGACUCUCUUUCUCCCCCUGUCUUGGUUUUUGCUUUUCUCCUCUUCAUGUUCUCUUUCCUCUUCUUCUUGUUCUCUUUGCUCUUCUUCUUGUUCUCUUUCCUCCUCUUUUUCUCUUUCUCUCAGCUGCCUUAAUUCCUUCUUCUUCUCUUUAAGUUGUUUUCGGAGGGUUUUCUCCUCCUCUGUCUCCUUUUGAAAGACUCUAGACAGGAAGCGUCUUUUCUUUAGAGAGAUGAGAUGAGUCAGCUCCCUCUUCUCCUCCUCUAACUCUUGAAUUCUGUCUGUCAGAGUCUUUUCCUUCUCAAUCACUCCUCCUUUUGCCGUCUCGGCCUCUUCAACUCUGAAGGUCAGAGUCUCCUCCUUUUCCACCAGAUCUUUGUUCAUUUUCUCCAGCUCACUGACUCUGGUCUUCAGGAUCUGGUUCUCCUCCUCCAGGUCUUUCCUUUUUUUCUUCUGGAGGGUCUCGUUGUUUUGCAGCUGAGUUGUGGUCUCAAUGAGUCUUUGAGUGAGACCCUCCUUCUCCCUCCUCAGCUCCAUUAUGUGUUUGUCCCUCUGCUCAAGCUGCUGUUUUGUGAGCCUCAACAUUGUUUCAUUGCUCUUGCUCAGAGAAACAGCCUUCAGGUUCUCCUGAGACGCCUGAAAAAGCUGUUCUCUGAGCUCAUGAGCUUUCUGUCUCUCCUCCUUAAGUUGAGCCCACAUCUUCUCUUCCUGCUCCUUCUGCAGGCGCUGGAUAAGCUCCAGCUGCUUGUCUCUUAAUUUGAGGGUGCUGUUGAGGCGUUGGAUCUCAGCCUCCAGCCUUUCAAUAGUAUGGACAUUAUUCUGGAGUUCUUCCUUGAAUCCAUUUUCUCUGAUGUCAAUGAGUCCCUCCAGACGGUUCACUUUGUACUUCCCGUUGUGAAUUCUGUGGCACAGCUUUAUCUUCUCAUCCCUCCAUGCCAACUGUUCAUCCAUUGGCUCGCUUCUAAGAUUUCUAAUCUCAGCGCAAGCACUGUCAAGCUCCUGUUGAAGUGGUGCCAUGGACUGGUAGCCCAUCGGUCCCACAGAUUCAGGUGCGAUUGCUCUGGACAUGGUUCUUCUGAUUUGUCUUCAGCCGACUGCUCUAAACUGUUGAUCGUCUCUGUAGUAGCUCGUACGUGACUUAACUGUUGAUCGUCUCUGUAGUAGCUCCUACGUGACUCUUGCCAACAAGUGUGCGAUCUGAGUUGAGUUUGCUUUUCAAAGAUCAAAGGAUCAAAGCUAGAAAGUGAUGUCAUCGUGUGAUGUCAUUCUACAUAGAACGUGAUGUCAUCGUGUGACAUCACAUUCUACAUGUCAUUGUGAUGUCACACCCCCCAGUGGGGAAUUCCCCCAGAAGCACCUGCCUUCUGAGGGGAAUUCCCCUUUCUCCAUCUUGCAGAAACUGGUGCAUAUGAGAGCCAGGGUGUGGACUGCAUGAUCACCAUCUGGUGUGAAAGGCAGUUCACUGUGGUCAUUCUUUGAGUUGUAGGAGGAAAUCAGUCCAGAGCAGCACCAGGUUUGUCAGUACUUGAUUGGCUUAAGUGAAGUCAGGUUUGGGAAGGUGAUGCAAGUCCUUGAGCUCCAGUGCAGAGUGCUGAAUCAUUGUCUUAUUCUCUGUUUUAGUGACAGAUUCUCUCUGUGCUCCUCAGAGUUCCGACCACAGACUGUAUAUACUAUGGACAACUUGGUUCUGCCUUCUGCCAGUAUACAGAUUUAAAGCUGAAAAGCUCUCGGUAAUUGUGCGUUUUUCUCCACAUCCUGAAACCAACAUUGCAGAGUAGUGUUGUACGCAUUCUGCAGGAUAGUCACCGAGAGUUGCUCUGAUGAUGCUCAACUCAAACAGCGCAUCCCCUGGGUGAGCUAUGCAAUCUCCGUACGCCCACAGGCUGUAUCAAGUGUCAAUCAUAAGAAACAUGAACUCCCUAAUAAUUUUUAAAAAUAGAGCUGUACAGAAAAAAAGAGGACUUGAGCACAAAACAGUCUUACAGUAACUACAUGUCAACAUCGUAAGCAAGGGGAAUUGUGAUUAAUUGUGAUUAAUGUGUGAUUGAUUUCUAAAAUUUGUCCUCAGCCUCUUAAGGAUGGCUGACAGGGAUUUAUGACCUAUACUGCAGCCCGUCACCAGAGGGUGCUGUCCUCAGAGUGGCUUCACCCAGCGAGAAGACGGACACUUUCCGUUUUGAUUUUCACUCCCCGUCGGGGAAUCGAACCCCGCCUAACAGGCGGGGAUACUCAACCACUAUACUAACGAGGAGAAUGUGUUCUGACAUGAUAUGAUAUAAUAUGGAACAAUAUGAUACGAUAUGAUACUAUACAAAAUGAUACGAUAUUAUACUACACAAUAGGAUACAAUACGAUACAAAUAUGGUAUUGCAACAGUGUUUAGCUAACCAUAUGUAAUUGACAUCCUGAAAAGCCUUAUUAAUGGCCUUUUACAGCGACAAAUGUAUCCCAUGCCUGCUUAGAAAAACCAAAUCAGAGAGCAGACAGAAUGUAAAACUCAAUAAUGAACACUUGUAUUGCUUUGCGUCACUUUGAUGAGUGUAAUCUGCAAUAAUUGCAAAAACCUUCCCUGAAGAGAUGUGUUACUGUCCAUGCUAAAGUUAUGGCAGAUCCUUAACAUCAGUAACUUAUCUCACAUAGUUCUGUAUCAGAAUCUGGAUUCCAAUGCUGGAAAUUGGCAUGAGUGAGAGACAGGUAGCCAAAAAACUGAAGAUCUCCAAGACAGCUGUUCAUUACACAUUGCAUUUUGGUCUGCUGGGUCUGAUCGACAUCCUCCCCCGCCACCCGGACCAACUCACCACCAGGUGGUGAUCAGUAAACAGCUCCGCCCCUCUCUUUACCUUAGUGCCCAAAAAAUUAGAUUGAUUAAUAAGGUGUAAGGGGGUGAGUAAAACUCAGUAUAUAGUAAAUCUACUACCCAUCAUCAAAGGUCUAUUUGAGCCACCCUUAGUCUGAUCCCUCUCCCAGGACCUGUUUGCCUUGGUUGACCCUACUAGAGGCAUAAAGCACCUGACAACUUAGCUCCUGGGAUAAGUGGGACACGCAAACCCCUCCACCACGGUAAGGUGGUGGCUCGAGGAGGGGAAAAACCCUCCAAUUGGAGGGAAAAACCACGAGGGUUUUUUUUUAUUAUUUAUUUUUUUUUUUUAGGUUUUUUUUUUUGUUUGUUUUUUUGAAGUUUUUUUUUUUUAGAGUUUUUUUUUGUUUUUUGUUUUUCUUUUGAGGGUUUUUUUGGAGGGUUUUUUUUUCCUUUUAAUAUUUUUAUUUAAUUUUUUUCCUUGAUUUUUCUUGAUUUUUCUUUUUUUGGAAGGGGGGAUUUUUUCACGCAAACCCCUCCACCACGGUAAGGUGGUGGCUCGAGGAGGGGAAAAAUUUGUGAUUAUAUUUUUAUAUUUUGAUUUUUUUUUUUUUUGUAUAAAAAUAUAAAUACAUUUAUUUUUUUUAAAUAUAAAAAUAUAUUUUUUUUAUUAUUUUUUGUUUUUUUUAUAUAAAAAUAUAUUUUAUUUGUUUAAUUUUUUUAUAUAAAAAUAUAUAUUUAUUUUUUUUUCAAUGUAUAUUCUUUAUACAUUUAAAAAUAUAUAUAUUUGCUUUUUUUUGCAGCUUUUUAAAAAAAUAUAUAGGGUGAAAGGGUCAAGGUAGGGAAUGAAGAGGGAGGAAGAGGAGCUAAUGUUCCUCGACAUCAGCUGAGCAACCAGCAACCUCCUCCACCCGGGUGUUUCUGUUUCUCUUCUUUCUUAAGGUCCAGAGACCUUUUUUGACUCUCUUUCUCCCCCUGUCUUGGUUUUUGCUUUUCUCCUCUUCAUGUUCUCUUUCCUCUUCUUCUUGUUCUCUUUGCUCUUCUUCUUGUUCUCUUUCCUCCUCUUUUUCUCUUUCUCUCAGCUGCCUUAAUUCCUUCUUCUUCUCUUUAAGUUGUUUUCGGAGGGUUUUCUCCUCCUCUGUCUCCUUUUGAAAGACUCUAGACAGGAAGCGUCUUUUCUUUAGAGAGAUGAGAUGAGUCAGCUCCCUCUUCUCCUCCUCUAACUCUUGAAUUCUGUCUGUCAGAGUCUUUUCCUUCUCAAUCACUCCUCCUUUUGCCGUCUCGGCCUCUUCAACUCUGAAGGUCAGAGUCUCCUCCUUUUCCACCAGAUCUUUGUUCAUUUUCUCCAGCUCACUGACUCUGGUCUUCAGGAUCUGGUUCUCCUCCUCCAGGUCUUUCCUUUUUUCUUCUGGAGGGUCUCGUUGUUUUGCAGCUGAGUUGUGGUCUCAAUGAGUCUUUGAGUGAGACCCUCCUUCUCCCUCCUCAGCUCCAUUAUGUGUUUGUCCCUCUGCUCAAGCUGCUGUUUUGUGAGCCUCAACAUUGUUUCAUUGCUCUUGCUCAGAGAAACAGCCUUCAGGUUCUCCUGAGACGCCUGAAAAAGCUGUUCUCUGAGCUCAUGAGCUUUCUGUCUCUCCUCCUUAAGUUGAGCCCACAUCUUCUCUUCCUGCUCCUUCUGCAGGCGCUGGAUAAGCUCCAGCUGCUUGUCUCUUAAUUUGAGGGUGCUGUUGAGGCGUUGGAUCUCAGCCUCCAGCCUUUCAAUAGUAUGGACAUUAUUCUGGAGUUCUUCCUUGAAUCCAUUUUCUCUGAUGUCAAUGAGUCCCUCCAGACGGUUCACUUUGUACUUCCCGUUGUGAAUUCUGUGGCACAGCUUUAUCUUCUCAUCCCUCCAUGCCAACUGUUCAUCCAUUGGCUCGCUUCUAAGAUUUCUAAUCUCAGCGCAAGCACUGUCAAGCUCCUGUUGAAGUGGUGCCAUGGACUGGUAGCCCAUCGGUCCCACAGAUUCAGGUGCGAUUGCUCUGGACAUGGUUCUUCUGAUUUGUCUUCAGCCGACUGCUCUAAACUGUUGAUCGUCUCUGUAGUAGCUCGUACGUGACUUAACUGUUGAUCGUCUCUGUAGUAGCUCCUACGUGACUCUUGCCAACAAGUGUGCGAUCUGAGUUGAGUUUGCUUUUCAAAGAUCAAAGGAUCAAAGCUAGAAAGUGAUGUCAUCGUGUGAUGUCAUUCUACAUAGAACGUGAUGUCAUCGUGUGACAUCACAUUCUACAUGUCAUUGUGAUGUCACACCCCCCAGUGGGGAAUUCCCCCAGAAGCACCUGCCUUCUGAGGGGAAUUCCCCUUUCUCCAUCUUGCAGAAACUGGUGCAUAUGAGAGCCAGGGUGUGGACUGCAUGAUCACCAUCUGGUGUGAAAGGCAGUUCACUGUGGUCAUUCUUUGAGUUGUAGGAGGAAAUCAGUCCAGAGCAGCACCAGGUUUGUCAGUACUUGAUUGGCUUAAGUGAAGUCAGGUUUGGGAAGGUGAUGCAAGUCCUUGAGCUCCAGUGCAGAGUGCUGAAUCAUUGUCUUAUUCUCUGUUUUAGUGACAGAUUCUCUCUGUGCUCCUCAGAGUUCCGACCACAGACUGUAUAUACUAUGGACAACUUGGUUCUGCCUUCUGCCAGUAUACAGAUUUAAAGCUGAAAAGCUCUCGGUAAUUGUGCGUUUUUCUCCACAUCCUGAAACCAACAUUGCAGAGUAGUGUUGUACGCAUUCUGCAGGAUAGUCACCGAGAGUUGCUCUGAUGAUGCUCAACUCAAACAGCGCAUCCCCUGGGUGAGCUAUGCAAUCUCCGUACGCCCACAGGCUGUAUCAAGUGUCAAUCAUAAGAAACAUGAACUCCCUAAUAAUUUUUAAAAAUAGAGCUGUACAGAAAAAAAGAGGACUUGAGCACAAAACAGUCUUACAGUAACUACAUGUCAACAUCGUAAGCAAGGGGAAUUGUGAUUAAUUGUGAUUAAUGUGUGAUUGAUUUCUAAAAUUUGUCCUCAGCCUCUUAAGGAUGGCUGACAGGGAUUUAUGACCUAUACUGCAGCCCGUCACCAGAGGGUGCUGUCCUCAGAGUGGCUUCACCCAGCGAGAAGACGGACACUUUCCGUUUUGAUUUUCACUCCCCGUCGGGGAAUCGAACCCCGCCUAACAGGCGGGGAUACUCAACUACUCAGCUAUUGCUAGCUUUAUUGAUGAAUUUAGCCUCUGUACAGCCAUUUCCAGCCAUUUUCCCCUCCACAAAAGCAGCAUUUCUCAUAUAUAUUUUUUUUAAAGUUCUGAUACUCAUGACAGUGUAACGCUCAUGUACCAAAGGAUUAAGUAUCUCCAUGUUUGUGAAACCUAUAGUACAAUUCAUCUCAAUGCUCCACAAUGCUGAUUUUAACAACUCUCCUCCACAACAGGUAACUUUACGACUUUAUUCUUAUACAUUAAUGACUUUAUUCUCCUAAAUAAUAAUUUUAUUCUCUAAGAUUUAAAAAUGCUUUUUUUUUCUUAAUGUGACCCUCACACUCCAUUGUAUUUAAGAGAUUAUUAUACUAAUAAUUAUCAUCAAUCACUCUUCAUCCCCCCCAAAGAAAUGUCACUCUAAGCUUAGUUCAAAACUUUAGAGCCGUGCAAUAGCAUAGGGCUUUAGUUUUUUAUAUGAGUUUAUAUGCCAUGAGGUGUUGAGGUCUCUGCAUGUGUAGGUUACUGACUUACUGUAAUCAUCGGGUCUAUCUCGUCCUUAUAAAAACCUGCUCUAUUUCUACCCGGAUACAGACAUGCUGCUUUUUGAUCGGCUGUUCAGUAGAUAUACUUUAUUUGAUUGGCUUGUGCCUGGCACGCAGCUUCAGAACUCUCGGAGAAACUCAGUUGAUUUCUACCUGUUCCAUGGUUAAAGAGGUGCAACGUGGUGGACAUCACCAUGUUCAUUUAAAUGCGUGAGAAAUACAAUGUGUGGCGUGUGAGCGUGUGAACAGGUGGGAAUGUGUGUCACACGCUGAAUGCAUGAGACUUGAGAGCCCUGCAUGUUAGAUUAGUGUAAGCCCAUUAUUGUUGUUGAUAUUAGGACUAAAACCUUACCUGUCUUUUAGUAUGACCAUCAUGAGUUCCCUGGUGUGGUCCCACGUACCUUCCUUGGACCUCUUUUCCUCUCCCUGCUAUGCUCCCCUUUUGUAUUCCUGUCUUCCUUACUGGAUGCCCCAAAAUUCUACACUCAGCUAACAGGUAAAUCAUUAAUCCCUAUUUAUGUUUCAUACAUUGGCAUGUUGGAAAAACACCACUCUUUCUUGUCUUAAACUUGAUCUCUUCUCUUUGGUGUUGUCUGUCCAGUCCGAGCGUCCCUAGGACUAUGUGUCAUUGGCUCACUGUGGCACAUGCAGAGGGAGGUCAGGAGGCAGUUUGGCUCCACAGUUGCAGCUCUCUUCUGUCUGAUGUGUGCUUCCCAAUUUCACUUCAUGUUCUACAGCACCAGAACUCUACCUAAUGUAUUUGCACUUCCAAUAGGUGAGAUGUGAUUUUAAUAAAAUAAUAAGACUGAGUGGAAUGAGCUUUAAUUUUUCUGCAUUUAGAUUUCAUGAGUAACCUACAGAUCAUAUUAUUAUUUCACAUUUUUCCUCCUAGUUCUUGUAGCUUUCACCUCUUGGAUGGCUCAGAAACAUGGCCGCUUUGUCAGCAUGUCUGCCUUAGCCAUCAUUGUGUUCCGGUCAGAGCUCUGCAUCUUCAUGGGGCUCCUGUUACUGAUAUCGCUGUUGAGCAGAAAGCUGGGGCUGCUGCAGCUGCUUUACUAUGCUGUCCCUGCUGGGAUCUUGUCACUUGGUGAGUAGCUCUACUGUAUACACUGUAAACAGUCCUGUGCAAUAUAUAAACCCUCCCAAAAAGUUUUAAUUUUCUCCCAUUUUUACAGCUCUGACAGUGGCUGUUGACUCUCUUUUUUGGAGGAAGCUUUUGUGGCCUGAAGGUCAGGUUCUGUGGUACAACACUGUUCUCAACAAAAGUGCCAACUGGGGAAUAUCCUUUCAUUUACUCAAGUAUACUCUCACUGAUGUUUUAGCCACCAAGUGCAUCUACUUACGCUUUUAG